UAAAGUUUAUAUAAGUAUCCCAAAUAGAUAAUGCAUUUUUCAAUAUUAAUUUCGUUCUUUUUAAUCUGCAGUUUAGCAAUGCCUACAGGAAGAAGAGAACUUACAUUUACAAAGGAGAAUUGUCAUGCAUGUUGCAAUGCUCUAAAUCUUCCAGAAGAAAUAAAAAAUAAUUGCAACUAUUCGUGCAUCAAAAAGUAUUCAUCACAUAUUAAGUAUAAUUCAGUACGUGAUUGCUUAAGGGGUUGUAAUAUUAUAGCACAAGAAUGCAGAGAUGGUUGCAUUUCAGCAUGUGAAUCUAUGUUCAUAAAAAGUAACAGAAUUAGAACUAUAAUAGAACAAGGAUUUCAAGACCGUAUUCAUAUUUGGGAGUGA